UUGGUUUGCAGGCAGACUUACGCACACCAGCGACUUGGAGAGAUUAAUUUUAAAUGCUCGCAGUUUUAACUCAUUUUGUUGCUAUGGGAAACUUCAUGAACGUUUCAUAUAAUCUCGAUUAGCUAUUUUUCUAAUUUUUGUGAAAUGCACUCUACUUUACAUCUCUACAGAUAAACACCAUUGGCCUGUUCAACUCCUUCCAUGACAAUGUCUUUCUUCAAAUCUGGAGGGAUUAUCUUCACCUUUGCCUUCAUGAUCAGCAGGAUCAUGGAGAACUCAUUACUCAGCGCAGAAGCAAAAGAGGGAGAGAUCCUUCCACCCACCAUUCAGAAGCUGAUGAAAGGAUACAACAAAUACCUUCGUCCUUUCUUUGAUAAUGGGCCUGUGACAGUGGGCAUGAGUUUGGAUAUUGCAAGUAUUGAUACUAUAUCAGAAAUAAACAUGGAUUAUACUGCCACUAUAUUCCUGAGACAGCGGUGGACAGAUGAACGCCUGUGUUUUGACGGAAACAAGAGCCUAAGCUUAGAUGGACGGCUGGUGGAGCUUCUGUGGGUGCCUGACACUUUCAUCGUCGAUUCAAAGAAAUCCUUCCUCCAUGACAUCACAGUGGAGAACAGACUCAUCAGGAUAUUUCCCAAUGGGACGGUUCUUUAUGCACUAAGGAUCACCACAACUGUGGCCUGCAAUAUGGAUCUAACCAAAUAUCCUAUGGACAAGCAGACCUGCACACUGCAGCUCGAAAGCUGGGGCUAUAACAUCAAUGAUGUGAUGUUUUAUUGGACCAGAGGCAAUGAUUCUGUUAGCGGGAUAGACUCUCUCCGUCUGGCACAGUACACUGUGGAGGAUCACUACACCUCUGUGUCAGAGGCCAUCUAUGAAACAGGCAGUUAUCCCAAACUGAUCUUCCACUUUGAACUGAAGAGGAGCAUUCUCUACUUUAUAUUGGAGACUUAUGUUCCUUCCAGCCUGCUGGUGGUCUUGUCAUGGGUGUCUUUCUGGAUCAGUCAGUCCUCUGUUCCUGCUCGCAUUUGUAUAGGGGUGACCACAGUGUUGACCAUGACCACGCUGAUGAUGGGAGCUCGAACCUCCCUGCCCAAUGCCAACUGCUUCAUCAAAGCCAUCGAUGUGUACCUGGGAAUCUGCUUCAGCUUCAUCUUCGGAGCGUUGAUAGAGUAUGCUGUUGCCCACUUCUGUACCCUGCAGCACUCCGGUGCCCAGAAUACAUUCACGCAGUGUAGACACGGUGUGCUGGACUGUGAUCACGAUGUGAACGGCACGGUCAGGACCAUCGCCAGCGAAUCUCAUCACUCCAAGAGAAGUCCAUCCGGAUCUGAGAAUAAGGAUGAGGUGCAGGGCUGCUGUGGGAAAUCCCUGUCUCUCCUCAAGGGGGCAGCACACCUCAUUAGCUGCUGUCGUGUUGAGAAUCCGUACUACAUUGAUAACUAUUCCCGCAUUUCCUUCCCUUUGUCCUUCAUCCUCGUCAAUCUGCUCUACUGGACUUACUACCUGUACUUCUAACAUCUGGAUGUACGCGUUUGUGAGUCCAGUAACUGUUUAUAGGACCUUGUUUAAAAACAAAAGCCCCGCCCCUCCAACAUUAGCAUCACUCUGGUGUGUGGUGAGUGACAAGUCCCUCAGUGUAUCAUCAAAAUGCAUGCUGUGAUGCUGACAGCCAAACAUUACUGAGGACUGCUAGAACCAGUCUGGAUUGGGUUGAUAAAUGAAAAGCGCAAGAGUAUUUUUUCAAUUAUUGAAAGUAGUUCUUCAUAAAAAAUACAUAUUGAAAUCAUUAUUUAUUUCUUUUCCUUUGUGAGUUUAUAGAGAUUUUAGAGAUUAAAGGACAAAAUGAUCUGAGGCAUAUACAUUUUACAUAUGUACAUGUUGCCCAGAAAAUGAGAGGACCAAAGAUAUAAAUGUUGAAGUGCAAUGCAAAUUUGUUACACUACUGAUCUGACACCUUCAAUUCAGUUAUGAGAAAGACUCACUGAAAGAAACACAGUUUAUCCAAAACAGCAGGAGUAUAAUGCUGCAUUGCUGUUUACUCUAUGCAUGAUAAAUUAAAGUUUCUGUUUUGUUGUGCAUUAUAGAUAUAUUUUUCAUCUGCCACUCUAAAGGAAAGUAGAAGUAUAGUGGAUAUAAAUGCACCUUUAGCUUCUAGGCUCGCUUUAAUGAGAGUAUGGAACUCAUUAGUGAUCUAAGUUGCUUAACUUUACACUCUUAUGCAUGCUUCUUUAUCAUUUCUAUAUAUUUGUUCUGUAGGUAGCCUUUUCUGCCUAGUGAAACAACCUUAUUAUCCGGAAUUUCCACAUACAUAAUGUUUUAUACUUUUUAGUAUUUAUUCUUGUUUAAAAAUUAAUUUAAAAAAAAUAGUAUUUAAAAAAAUACUCCAAAUGGUGAAAGUUAUUUGUUUAUUUAUUAUGAUUUGUUUUCAAGUAUGAUUUUUAAACCUGUCAAAUAAACUUCUCAUAAUUAUAAAAGUUAUUAUGUAUAAUUUAUGAUAAUCUCGCCUAUACACAAUAACAUAAUGUGUUUUUAAAUCUGUAUUUAUAUAAGAGCUGCAUCUUGCAUAAGUUUUAAAGGUCCUGCAGCAAAGAUAUUUUCUUGCUACAUGGACAGUUAAAAUCUGUAUUUAUGCUUUAGCUUCAAAUUAUGCUUUAAGGUGAAAUAAUGUUAGAGUAUAUUAUAUGUACGUUUUUCAUUGGUGAAUGAACAAAUCACAUUAAGUCACUGAUUUUAAUAAAUUGGUUAUAAAUUGGGUAAUGUUUAUUGAUAAAGGGUUAACAUAUAAAAAAUGACCUUAUAAAAAGAGAUUUCAUUCAUUUGUGUCCUUUUAAGCUAUAAAAUAAGACAUUGAAAUAAAAAUAAAGUUUAUGGGAGUUUCUAAGCUUUUGAAUUUUCCAUUCAUUCAUUGCUGUUUUUCCAAAUAUGCAUUUUCUCUAUAAUACAAUAAGGUUUACCAAAACACAGCAGUAUAACUGUCUCACAGUGAAUGUAUCUUGAAGAUGAUCCUGGUGGCCACUAUUUCUCAGUUUAGACAAAAACUAAGACAAUACUAAUUGAACAGAACCGGCAUUUUUCAGGUUAACAUUUUAAAAGAAUAAACUAUAUACCUCCGUUGCUGGGUGUAUCAAAUUAUUGCCAGCUUCCAGUGGUAGUUCUAGAACAUUCUCACAGACCCCUCAGUCAUCUUCUUUGAGAUAUAUCUGUACUGUAAUAUAAUAUGUAUUUUGUUAUUAUUAAAAUUUCUUUAAAAUACAUUG